AUGUCGUUCUUCAUCGAAAACAAAAACGUUGGUAACCAGGCCGACUCUGAGGAUUGGAGAAUCAAAGGCUACAACCCUCUAACCCCUCCCGACUUGCUCCAGCACGAAAUCCCACAGACAGCCGAAUCCAAGCAGACCGUCAUCCAGUCCCGAAACGAGGCCGUUGCAGUUGUCAAUGGUACCGACAAGAAUGGCCGCCUUCUUAUCGUAGUUGGCCCUUGCUCCAUUCACGACCCCAAGGCCGCCAUGGCCUACUGCGACCUGCUGCUCAAGGAGAAAGAGAAGCACAAGGACGAGCUCCUCAUUGUUAUGCGGUCUUACCUUGAGAAACCUCGUACGACUGUUGGCUGGAAGGGACUGAUUAAUGACCCCGACAUCGACGGUAGCUUCCAGAUUAACAAGGGCCUGCGCAUGUCUCGCCAGCUCUUCGUUGAUCUAACUUCCAAGGGCAUGCCCAUUGCUAGUGAAAUGCUCGACACCAUCUCCCCCCAAUUCCUCGCUGAUCUGCUCUCUGUGGGUGCCAUUGGAGCGCGUACCACCGAGUCUCAAUUGCACCGUGAGCUGGCCUCCGGUCUAUCCUUCCCCGUCGGUUUCAAGAACGGCACUGACGGCUCGCUGGGCGUGGCUAUUGACGCUAUUGGCGCUGUUAAGCAUGCCCAUCACUUCUUGUCUGUCACAAAACCUGGUGUUGUUGCUAUUGUUGGUACGACGGGUAACGAGGACUGCUUCGUUAUUCUUCGAGGUGGAACAAAAGGCACCAACUUUGAUGCACAGAGCAUUGCCGAAGCCAAGGCAGCCCUUGAGAAGAAGGGUGUCCCUCAGCGCCUCAUGGUCGACUGCAGCCACGGAAACUCUAACAAGAAUCACAAGAAUCAACCCAAGGUUGCCAGCGUUGUCGCGGAGCAGAUUGCCAAGGGCGAGACAGCCAUCAUGGGCCUCAUGAUUGAGAGCAACAUUAAUGAAGGUAACCAAAAGGUUCCUGAGAGUGGAAGAGAUGGUCUCGAGUAUGGUGUCAGCAUCACCGAUGCCUGUAUCCAUUGGGAUGACACCGUCUCAGUACUACAGACGCUCGCCGACGCCGUCAAGGAGAGACGCAAGAUUGUGUCCAGUAACGGCACCGCUUAG